ACAGAUCAUAAGGUCGCAAUGUCUAGGCCCUGAAUAUACCACAAACUAUUUAACCCUGUAUCACAACAAAAGGGAUACUUCAACUUUAAUCAUUCUAUCAGUAUCUUAGGUGUUACCGACUCAUCAGAAAAACCCCUGUGGAAACAAUGGUCACCAAACCAGAGGACCUUAAUGACCACAUCCCACUGGUGUCCUAUCUUGUUGAGGGACAGCUGCUAGUCACGCCAAGAACAUUCUUGUUACGUUAAGCUAAUAGUUUCUAAUCAAAAAUGCUGCUUCGUGUCAUUGUGUCAGCAAAUGAAAUAAGACGCCUCUCCAUUAAGAACAUCCCCCCAUCAAUUGAGGAACUGUGUCAGCUAUUGCAAAACAAGAUUGGACUGAGAGGAAGCUUUAUCUUACAAUUUGAAGAUCCAGAAUUUGGAAACAAGUUGUGUCAUGUGAGAGAUAUCAAAGAUCUUCCGACAGAGCAGAUAAGUGCAGAGUUCAAAAGGAUCGUCACUACAGACCUUUUGCAGCCAUUUCUUGAAGGAUUAGAUGGUCUGGUUCCAACACUUCUUGAAGUGUAUAAAGCAGCAGCAAUGUCUGGCAGAAAGCUGUCACUCAAAAGUAUUUUGCAUUGUCAUGAGAAAGAUGACACAAACCAGAAGAGAAGAACUGCUGCACUGCUUGGUCUACCAAACUACAUAUCCGAAGAUCCAUCAGGCAUUAUCAAAACAUGUGAUGCCCAUGGCGAACAGCUGUAUAUGAUUAUGAAGGGGAUGCAAGUAGGACUCCUGAUUGGCCAUGAAGGUGUACUUCUGGAUGCAUUCCAACAAGAGGUCUUCAAUGUGGCAGUUGUGGUGGAGGAGACCAUCAUUUUACAAAGCCUCCAAAAUGUGCCAGAGGGCUUUGCCAUGCUACUGUUUUAAUCUGGAAUAUUCACAAAAGAUGAAAUAUACUUUUGAGUUUCUGCAGAGAGUGGUUAUGAAGAUUAAGCCAGAUCAGGGCUCUGCACGGAUACAUGGCCUGAGAAAUAAACUGCUGAUAUACAGAGUGUAGACACUGAUGUAAAAAAAAUCAUAAUUAAUUUCCGAGUCAAACACUAUGAAUGUGUUGGAACUUUAAUUUAUAUUCUUGUUUUAUUGAAUUUUAA